AUGAACUCUGAAGGGGAUUUAGAAAAGAAAAUCGGAAAUGUAAAUAUAAAUUUAGAAGGCCUAGAUAAAAUAAAGAAAAAGAACUUAUUAUAUAUUUUUGAUGAUAUAAAGAAAAGUAAUAAUGUAGAAGAUUUAUUAUUAAGAAUUAAGAAUUGUAAUGAGAAAAUAAAUAAUUUAAAUAUAUUUGAUGAGGAUCCUAUAGUAAAUUUAAGAAAUGAUAAUAAUGAUAAUGUAUUAGUUGAUUAUAUAUUUAAAGAAAGAAAGAAUAAUUAUAUGAUAGGUACUAAUAUAAAUAAUAGAGGAGAAAUUACAGCAGAUUUUGAAAUUAAUAUACCUUAUAUUUUUAAAACUAUAAAUAGUUUAGAAUUAAAAGCUAAUGUUAGUAGUUUUUAUACCAAUAAUUUAUCUUUUCGAUUUAUAAGUCCAUAUAUAUAUAAAUUAAAGAAUUUCAAAUUAAUAUUUGAAACAAAUUUAAGUAGUAUAAAUAAUAUAAAAUGUAGUUCAUAUAUUAUAAAAACAAAUUCAUUCAAAACAUAUUUAUUACAGAAUAAUCAUUCUUUUAUAUGGGAAUUAAAUUUUAAUAGAAUAUUACAUAGAAUAGAUCGAAAUUUCAUACCAUCAGAUAAUAUUCUUAAAUUAUGUGAUAAAUAUAUAAAGAAUACUAUAAAAUAUAAUUAUAAAAUAGAUAAAUUAAAUUAUUUAAAUACAAAUGAACACGAUCAAAAAUUUAUUUAUUAUACACCUUAUCCUAUUUCUGGUUAUUAUUAUGAAAUUGAAAAUGAAAUGUCUUUACCAUUUUGUGAAGCUAAUUUUUUUAAAAACCAUUUUAAUUUUUUCUGUGUUAAAAAAAUUAUGAAUAAUUUCUUUACAUAUAUUAAUAUAAGUAAUGGAAUCAAAUAUGAUUAUAAUCAAAACAAACCAUAUACAUUAAAUAAUUUUAAUUAUACUGGUAGUAUAGGAAGUUCAUUAGUAUUAAGAGGAUUUGAAUAUAAUAGUAUUGGGCAUCCUGAACAGUGUUAUAAGUUUUAUAAAAAUCAAAAUAAUUAUAAAAUAACAUAUAAUUAUCUUGGUGCUAACUUUUUUACUAAUAUUCAACUUAUCUUUAAAUAUAUAUUUAAUAUUCAAAAUAUGAACCCUAUGUUAUUUUUUUAUAUACAGUUAGGUAGACUCAGUAAUCAUUUCUAUUCAUCAAUUAAUGAUCUAAUCAAAGAUACAAGAAUAUCGACAGGUAUAGGAAUUAUGGCAUAUAUACAAAAAAAUAUUUCUCUAGAAUUAUUUUUCAAUUACCCUAUUUUAUAUCACAUAACAGACAAAACCAAAUUUUUUCAAGUCGGCUUGAAUUUCAAGGGAAUCUUAUGA